AUGGGCGGCCUCAACCUAGAGGUUUUCAAGUUCGGCAUGUAUGUCAUGUUCCCCAUCGGCAUCAUGUACUACUUCGGCACCAACCUCGACGAGCGCUUCGCCGUGCCCGACUUCUGGCCCAAGCCCGAGCAGGCCAACCGCGUGCCGCUCGACAAGGACGAGAUCCACGCCGAGCUCCAGCGACUGAGGGCCCGGAGGCUGUACCUGAGGGAGAAGAGGCUCGAGGAGGAGGAGGCCAGGCGGCCCCCGCCUGUCCCGUCGGCCCCGGCUCCGGAGCAGAGCGUGCCGGCCCAGCAGGCUGACCAGGCCAAGCCCGCGAAGCGCGGAUGGUUCUGGUAG